AAUCAUUUUCAGCGAGUAAAGAUCUCGUCUAUUCGAAAAAAUACCGUACAAAGAAAGAAAAAUGUGAUAACUUUUGCUGAGAAGCUCGAGAUAGUGAAGUUAUUCGAAAGUGGGAAAGGUUUCACUGCCAUCGCCCGUGCUACAAAUCGUCCCGAGUCGACUAUAAGGACCAUUGUGAAAACAAAGGAGCGUUUCCUGGAAUCCGUGAAAAGCAAUGCGCUGAUGCAGGGUACAAUCGUAACGCCGUAUCGUGAUGAAACGAUAUUGAAAAUGGAGAGUUUAUUGUUAAUUUGGAUAGAGGAUCUAACAGCUAAAAAAAUUCCCUUAUGUUUAAAAAGUAUAAAAGAGAAGGCUGUAUCGUUAUAUCACGAUAUUAAACGUAAAUCCAAUAAGGAGAAUAUUGAAGAACAAUCAUUCAAAGCAAGCAAUGGGUGGUUUUCACGCUUUAAAAAACGAACCAAUUUACGAAACGUAAAAAUUCAUGGAGAAGCGUCUAGUGCUGAUGAUGACGCCGCUAGCUAUUUUCCUGAUGUUUUUGCCAGAAUUGUUGAAGAAAAUUCUUAUAUUCCAGAACAAAUUUUUAACGUGGACGAGACAGCGCUUUUCUGGAAAAAAAUGCCCACCCGAAGCUAUAUUUCUAAAGAAAUGGAUACAAUGCCAGAUUAUAAGGUAGCUAAAGAUAGAAUAACUAUAAUGAUUGGUGGUAAUUUAGCAGGUGAUUUAAAGUUAAAGCCACUAGCCGUUUAUCUGUCGCAAAGGCCACGAGCUUUUAAAAGCAUGAAUAUUAACAAUCUGCCGGUCUAUUGGAAAUCUAAUACAAAAGGAUGGGUUACACGCUGUAUUUUCGUUGAAUGGUUCAAUGAAUGUUUUGUGCCAGAAGUGAAACAGUACUGCGAAAAAAAGGAAAUAUCAUUUAAAGUGCUAUUGUUGCUUGACAAUGCUCCUGGCCAUCCGAUUGAACUAAACAACAUGCAUCCAAAUGUAGAAAUUUUAUGUUUGCCUCCGAGAACAACGUCAUUGUUGCAGCCAAUGGAUCAAGGUGUUGUAGCUGCUUUAAAAUCCCAUUACCUUCGACAUACGUUCGAACAAGCAUUAAAACCCGUAGAAACUGGGUCUAAGACGCUUAGUCAGUUUUAGAAAGCUUUUAACAUUUUGAAUGCGAUAAAUAAUGUUGCAGCAUCUUGGAAAGAAGUGAAACAAGCGACAAUGCAAGCGGCAUGGAAAAAGAUUUACCCUCAUUUUUUUGCUAGCAAUGAACCACCAGACAGUAGUCAGGAACCUAUAUCAACUGUGUUAAGUGAAUGUGUUUCCUUGGCACACUUUCUUGAAAUAGAAGUUAACUAUGAGGAAAUGGAGGAGCUCGUUAAUUGUGCGGGAGAGCCUUUAUCUAAUGAAGAGCUUAUUAAAAUGCAAUCCCUAGAAAUACUCGAAGAGUACUUAGAGGACGAUAGUGAGGGCAUGGAAGAGGAAAACAAAUGUUUCUCAACAAAAGGUUUAGCUGAAGCAUUCAGCAAUUUGGAAUUGGCAUUAACAACCAUCGAAGCGAUGGACAGUGAUGAGGAAAGAUUUGCAAGAGUGAGCAACAGUGUACGCGAAAAUAUGAAAAUUUAUCUACAAAUUUGGGAAGACAAAAAAAAUCUACAAAACAAUUAACGAUGGACAACUUUCUUAUUACUUUGUAAAUAAAAAAAUAUGAAUAAUGAAUUUGUGAUCGAAUAAAAUUCGAAUGUGAUCGAAUAAAAUGGACUAAAUAAAUUGGAGGAGUUAAAUUUGUGUGUCAUUUUUCAUGUUUUUUUAACGGUGAUAUUAAAUAUUCGAUCUCUUAAUACUAGGUAUAAACCAUGUGUCAAGCAGAACUCGACUUACGCGAAAAUCCGAGUUACGCGAAUGUCUCCGGAACGCAUUAUUCGCGUAACUCGGGGAA